UCUCUGUUACCAUUCCCUCAUUUUUUGUUCCAGCAAUUUCUUCUUCGUUUAUAAUUUGAUUGAUCAGUUUUGUUUUCUUUUCUUUUGCAGAUAUUGAUUCGAGAUCAUCGAAAAGGAAACUGUUAACGGAAGAGAAAAAAACAAUAUUUAGGGUUUUCACAUAACCUAACCGAAACCCACUUUCCUCUACUGAUAACAAUUGUUUACUCCAAACUAUAAUAUCCGUUAUUCUGAUAACCAAGAAUCACAACGGUCGAAGGAAAGUUGGUGCUACACCAUCUGUAUCAAGAGAUCACGCUAGUUAUGAUUGAUAUUUAUGUUUUGAAAACAUGAUAAUAUUUAUGGUUCACUUCCCAUUACAUCCGAUUUUUAAUUUGUUUUCCGCUAUUGUAGAUUUAUGUUCUGGCGUUACGCGUCAACUAAAGAAGAGCAUUGAGGUGGGUUACUUAAUUAUAAUCUUGCUGUAGCGAGUGAUACAGUUAUCGAUAGUGAUCAGUAUAUGAACCAUAAUAGCAGAAGCAAUUCCAAGUAAUUUCAGGAAUCUUCGAUUCUUUAACUGGUGGUAAUUCCUCUUGCGAAGCCGUUAUUUCCACUCGAAGAGGAAUGGUUCUUUUAAAACAGGUUCGGAGAAGGGGGGUAACAGUUUCGCACAGAUGUUGUACAAAAUCUUAAUUAAUGACAGAGAAGAAGAAGCGAUAAAGAAAUUCCUAGAAGUUUACUUGCAUGAUUUGGUUGUUUCAUUUGUCACCUGUUGGAUCUUGCUGUUAAAGCUAGCUAGAUGUGAACUACUAAAUGAUACUUUUACACUUUCAAGACCCGCAUUUGAAAAAAUGCAAGCAAGGUUUAUGUGUCGCGGCACUGGAACUUGCAGCAGAGGAGCUUGCGUGUUGACAACAAGCGACAGCCUCAACAUGCUUCCAAUGCUUGGAUUCGCAGGAGUGGAUCAUGAUAAAGGUUACAAGUUGCAACUCAUGUGGGGAAGGAGGGAGGUGGUUAAUAUCAACAAAAUCCUUCAGAAAUGUGGAUAUCAGAUGGGAGGGUUUGAGACUAUGUAUAUACGGGAUGGAAGCUAACUGCCAUGAUAUUUAUAUAACAUUUUUGUUGGUAUUCCAAAAAACGUAGAGCCUAAGUAUCGGCUAAUCAAGAACGGACUUGACACAAGAUAAAGAAAUCGAGAAAUCUAAUAAAGGAAAGGAAUAAUAUAUCCGUGGAGUAAAGAAGACGAAGGCCGGGGAAGCUGCCAAGAAGAAAUGAGAACAUUGCACUGAAAUUGUCUUGCUUUUUAACUUACAUACUGCCAUGAGAUGUCAGUUUAGCUGUAUAAUCUACUUUUUUUUCUUGGUAUGGGUUGUGUAAAUAAGUUUUAAGAAAGAAAUAUUAAUUGAUUGUUUAGUAUAGGUUGCGUAAAAAAAUAAAAAUUCAUCAUUAUGGUUGCUGAUAUA